AACUGUUUAGCUGUAGAAAUCACAAUGUCCUUUGUGGCGAGUUUUUCGCUCAUAACCAUACUGGUUCAAUUGGUAUUGUCCUCGGAGGUGAUUUCCAAAGAGGCGGAUGUAAGUUCCAGCAAUGGUAGUGCUGGAUUCGGGUUCGAGGUAUUACUCAGCAAAUUGGACUACUUAGAGUACAAAUUUAUGGAACUCGAAUACGAAAUUAAAGAGCAAAAUGAGCAAACGAUGCGGAACCAGGCCAGGCUGGAAAAGUCCCACGAGGGAAUGACGUGGAUGAUGUCCCGACUGGAUCAGGCCGUGGGUCAAAAUUUUACCUCGAUUUUGGAUCAAUCCUGGCGGAUUUUGCAGCAGCAAAAAAGUUGCUCCAACCAUGAAGCGCUGAGGAAUGAAAUCUUCAAACUGAAACCAAUCAAAGGUCCGUCCGAUAAUGUGCGCGUGCUGUUCGACUUGCACCAGUUCAAAACCAGAGGCCCAUACGAAUCGUGCAAAGAAGAACCUAGCAAAGCUUCAGGAAAGUAUCUACUUCAACCAUUCCCCAGCGAAGAACCGUUUGUUGCUUAUUGUGAGCAGACCAAGUUCGGCGGAGGUUGGCUUGUUAUUCAGCAUCGAUACGACGGUUCGGUGGAGUUUUUCCGCAACUGGACCGAAUACAAGAACGGCUUCGGUGAGCCAGAUAAAGAAUAUUGGAUAGGAUUGGAGCUCUUGCACAAAUUGACAUCGCCGAAAACCUACCAAUUGCUGGUGGAACUGGAAGACUAUAACGGGGACUACAAAUAUGCCAAAUUCUCAGAUUUCGAAAUUGGCACUGCAGCAGAAAAAUAUAUGUUGAAGAAAGUGGGGACUUACACCGGAACGGCAGGCGAUUCUAUGACGUAUCAUAAAGGAAUGAAGUUCACUACGAUGGACGAUGACAACGAUUUGAGUGCAACUAAUUGCGCCGGGGUUUGUACGGGGGCUUGGUGGUACAACAAUUGCCACCACAGCAAUCUGAACGGAAGGUUUAUGAACGCGAACGAUGUGAAAUCCGUGACGUGGUACCACUUCAAGAAUGCUCAUUAUGGUCUGAAAUAUACAAGAAUGAUGAUUCGCGCGUUGUGAUGAUUAUGUACUUCUGCAGGUACUGAAAAUCUCGUAGAACAUAUCAAAUAUAUCGGAUCUUAAAAUGUUGAAUGAAAUUUCGUAAUCAAUAAACGUAAAUACUGUUGGACUGAUA